UUUCUAUUGUUUAUUUCAGGACUCUGUGAAGAUAUUUCCUUCAACAUAUGCUGGAUGGGGAAAAAUAAUGCAGUGGAAAGGCAGCAUGUAAACAUACGGCUCAAUGGCACAGCACUACAGUCCAUCGGAAAAGCUGGUAAAUUAACUUUUCUGACAGUUCCUCACACUGUGGAAAACACACUAAUACUUGAGGAUGGAGGCUCCGUUAAGAGAUGGACGUUCAGCAUUACCCCAAGGACAAAAACCAUCAAAAUCCGAGGCUUACACAGACCCUUAAAACAUCAGGGCGUCAUGCAGCUGUUGAAUCCUACUGAAGUGUUUGCAUGUGAAAACGGAACAUUACUCUUCCACCAGCAUGAAAACUUUACUCUUGCUAUAGGCCACACUAAACGCCUCCCUGUCAAACUUGAGUCACGGAGUACCUCCAUGUUGCUGAUCUCGUGGGUGGACCAGCGUCCAGCUGAGCCAGAUGUCCCCAGCAGUCACACUGUGACCCUCUACCGCACCGAACUGGACUCCUAUAACAUGCAGGGCAUGGACAGUACCACCCACAACCACUACCGCUUCACCGCUCUGGACUCAUGCAGCAAAUAUGUGGCGUGUGUGGAGAUCGCAGGAACUCACUCGCUCAGCUGCAUCUCAACUAUCACAGACCCAGAUGUGCCUAAGUUCUUCCAUGUGACCACCUGGAACACCAGCCACAUAUCAGUGACUUGGGACUGCCCCAACAACCUCAAGUUGUCCCUCUUCCUCCUCACUGUCUUCUUCCUCAACGGAACAGAUCACAUCACAGAGGAGUUACUCUUCUGGCAUCAGGAAGGCGAUCUGGUUUUUACUUUAUCUGACUUGCCGCCCUGCAGCAGGGUUAACUUUGGCCUGCAGACAGUUUGCCAGGCUGGGGUGGAGUCCCGCUAUAGCAACAUGGUCCUCAUUGACGGAAACUCUGUCCACUCCAGGAUCGAGGCCUUGAGACAGACAUUGUUCGGCCCCAAUAACUACACCUUGAACUGGGAGGUGAGGAACGCCUCUUCUAUCUCAGUGUUCAGAGUCUACCAUGAGGGGGUGCUGCAUGGUACUACAUUCAUCACCAGCUACACAGUAGGAGGGCUGCUGCCAUGUGGUCGGUACCAGGUCAAGGUGGAGGCACUGUGUGGAAAUGGCGUUGUCAUGAACGUAAAGACGAUCGUCGCCUACACAGGACCUCCUGGUGUGUUUGAGCUCACGCAUCCAUCUGAUGACGUCACCGCUCCACUCGGUCUUUCUUUCAUGAACAUCACUACAGUGCAGAACGGCCAUCUGACACAACCAGAGCUGGAAGAUCGGACCAUGAAUGUUCUCGACGUGUGGGAGGAAUGUGUUGAUCAGUGGCAGUUGAAGACGUCUGCAGGCUUUCUUGUGCAAAUUCAUAGUUCCAAUGGGGACCUCCAAGAGUUAACCAGCUCGAGUCUCACGUUGGUGGUGCCGUGGCCGUUGUCUGAAGCUCUGCAGGAUGAAUCAUCUGAACCUCGAGCUGGAAUGGAGAAAAUUGUCAAAAAUAAACUGCAAGACCUAUUGGAAGGCUUUGAUGGUCCAGUCCACAUUGAUCUGGUUGGCUUUGAACCUGCAGGCGAGACCUAUAAAACAGAAAUAGUGUUUGCAUCUUUUAAUGGAUCCAAAACAGAAGCUGUGCCACUAUCUGUUAAAGAUCAGCUGGAUUACAUUCAGUCCUUGAACAGAAGUGACAUCACCGUAGCCAAUGGCAUCAUCUACUGGGACGGUCCAGAUCUUUGUUUAUCCUCCAAUAAAACUUUGUGUCCUCCUAAUUCUCUGUGCAUCAACACUUUGGGCUCCUACACCUGUUUAUGCAAGCAUGGAUUCUAUGAUGUCAGUGCUACCCUGAAGCCACCUGCAGGUUCACAUCCAGUUUGUAAAGAGAAAGGCCUCUUCAGCCAGUGUCGGGAUAAAGUGAUGACCGGCGGUAUAGCAAAACCAUAUCUGAUGUCUUACGUCGGGGGAAAGGUCGACGUGGUGCUGAAUGAUGGGCGAUGCCUGCCCGGUGAAAACGAGAUGUUCUACUAUUUUAACAUGUCACGCGAAACCUCUGACUAUGGAACCAGGAGGCAGGUGAACAAAACACACAUUGUGUUCCAAAAUACACUGACUGUUACUUUGAGCGAAGACCAAACCAUCAGCCGGCGGGAUUUGAAAGUUAUCUGGAAGUGCAUCUACCCACGGCAUUAUGUCCAUAAUGCUAAAGUCAAUGUGGAUUUGGAGUGGCUCAUUUCAUUUUCUGUGGUGGAGUUGAACUCGUCCCUGGAGCUCAGCCUCUCCAUGACUUUAUACAGUAACGUGUCCUACACACACCAGUACCAGGACACUGUUGUUUUAGGGCAUGGGGACACCCUGUUCCUCCAGGUGGCACUUCUAACCAACAGCUCUUUUGCCGCAGACGUGGUCCUGCAGGUGGAGUCAUGCUGGGCGACUGAGAGUACCGACCCACAGGAUACUGUGCAGGGCAUUUUCCUUCAAGAUGGGUGUCCUGUCGACUCUACGUUCCAUUGGCUGUCCAUUAAUGGCAAUGAGCAGAAAAGCAGGUUUUCCAUCCACAUGUUCAACAUGCCCAAAGGAUUGCCCAUCUACUUUCACUGCCUGGCCCACAUAUGUGGCCACCAUGAAGACUGUACAAAGAACUGCAGCCACCAGCAGCGCACCAAGAGGUCAACCAGCAAGAUGGAUGCUCCAAGUCAACAAGGAACCAUUGUAUCUGCUGGGCCCCUGGUGGUCAUCGGGAGGGCGGAGUCGAGGGGCGGAGCUUCUCAUUGGGCAGAUCACAUGAUGAUGAUUUUUGUCAUUUCUGGUUCCAUAGGAUUUUUGGGUUUAACUUUACUCUGUAUCAGUGCAACCAAAGCAGUCAUGAGUUACUAUGAACAGCUACGGAUUCAAUAAAUUGCA